AUGAGUGGACUCGAGGCAAGAAAUAAAACAGUAGCUUCUGUUAUUGCAAAUGGAACUUAUACAGUAGAAAAGGAGAUAGGUAAAGGUUCAUUUGCAAUAGUAUAUCGUGGUCAUUUGACUAAAAAUCCAAGUGAACAUGUUGCUGUUAAAGCAGUUAGCAGAUCUAAAUUAAAGAAUAAAAAAUUAUUAGAAAAUUUAGAGAUAGAGAUAGCUAUAUUAAAGAAAAUUAAACAUAAUCAUAUAGUAAGUCUCAUAGAUUGUGAACGAACACAAAAUGAUUUUUAUUUGAUAAUGGAAUAUUGUGCAUUAGGAGAUUUAACAUUUCUAAUUAAAAAACGUAGGGAACUUAUGCAAAAUCAUCCUUUAUUACAAGAAAUAUUUGAAAGAUACCCACCACCUUCUGAGACACAUAAUGGUUUACAUCAAGCAUUCAUAUUAAAUUAUCUACAACAGUUAACAUCAGCGCUAAAAUUCUUAAGGAGUAAGAAUUUGGUUCAUAGAGAUAUUAAACCGCAAAAUUUAUUAUUAUCGACACCCAUGAUAAAUUAUACGGACUCUCAAACUUUUCAUGAAUUAGGUUAUGUUGGUGUAUAUAAUUUACCAAUUUUAAAGAUAGCAGAUUUUGGAUUUGCUAGAUUUUUACCAAAUAGUUCAUUAGCCGAAACAUUAUGUGGUUCACCAUUAUAUAUGGCUCCAGAAAUUUUAAAUUACCAAAAAUAUAAUGCAAAGGCAGAUUUAUGGUCAGUAGGAACUGUUGUAUAUGAAAUGUGUUGUGGUAAUCCACCGUUUAAAGCAUCAAAUCAUUUAGAACUCUUUAAAAAAAUUAAGAGAGCUAAUAACCAUAUAUCGUUUCCAGCAUAUUUUGAUGAAUUUAAUAAUAAUGAUGAUAAUAAUAGUAGUAGCAGUAGUAGCAGUAGUAGCAUGAUUGAUGAUAUACAUUCUAUAUCAAAGGAAGAAAAAGAUUUUCAUGAAAUUAAUGACGAUUUGAGAGAUUUAAUUUGUUCAUUAUUAACUUUUGAUCCAAAGGAUAGACUUGGUUUUGAUGAAUUUUUUAAUAACAAAUUAGUAAAUAUGGAUUUAUCAAGAUAUGAAAUUGAUAGUACAAAUGUUAUUGAAACUAAAUCAAAGGAUAUACAAGAGAGCAAUAUGUUCAUAUCAGAAUUUUUAUCACCUAAAUCAAGUUUACCAAAUAAAACAGUAUCAAAAACUAUAUUGAAUAAAGAUAUUGAUACUGUAGGUGAUCCAUCGUCAAGAUUAUUGACCCCUAAGAGGAAAAUUUUACCAUUACAAAAAAUCAAUUCAAAUAUUACUAAUAGAGGUAUUAAUAAUAGUGAUUUAAUCCUGGAGAAAGAAUAUGUUGUAGUUGAAAAGAAAAGUGUGGAAGUUAAUGAAUUAGCAGAUGAAUUUGCUAAAAAUACAAAUAUUAAUGUUCAAGAACAACAACAACCAAUGGUAAGAAAUGUAAAGGAUCAAAAUAAUGAUUGUGAUAAACUAUCAUUUACAAAUCAAACAUCUUCACUAAUGGUAACAGAGAGAGAUACAAAUAGAACUCUAUCCAAUAAUAGUAAUAGUAGUAGAAGAGCAUCCUUAAUUGAAAGAAGAUUAUCAAUUAAUUCUUUAAAUCCAACAAAUGCAUUAUCAAGAGCUCUUGGUAUUGCAUCCCUCAAAUUAUUUGGUGGAACUUCUCCAACUCAACAACAACAUUUAAUUCAACAACAUAGAGGUGGAACAUCUUCUUUCUCGUCACCUUCGAUCUUCAGUACACAAAUGUUUAAUGAUCUUACUGAAAAAAUUAUCUUACGAAUUAAUAAAGAUGAAACCUCACAAUUAACUAACAAUGGUGGGGUGAUAAUGGAUAAAAGUGUAAUUCAAAAAUUGAAUAUCUCAGAAAUUGUUCAUUCCUUAGAAAUUUUGUCUGCUAAAGCAUUUGUUAUUUAUUCUUAUGCUGAAGUGAAAUAUACUCAAAUUAUUCCAAUAAUGUCAGGGCAUCAUGAUUCCAGUCAAUCUGCUUUACCAAUUAAAAGAUUAAGUACAGGUAGUUGUGCAAUCGAUGAUGAAGAAGAAGAUACCAAUGUAUCUGAUUUACAAAAAGAUCAACCAACUAAGAUUGAUGAUAUAGAUUUAAUUUUAUACAAGGAAGCAAUUACGCUAUAUUUGAAGACCCUCGAGAUUUUAAGUAGAUCAAUGAAAAUUACUUCAUUAUGGUGGUUUAAGCAAGUUGAAAUGCAUUCCAGUACACAGGGACCUCCAUCAUCAUUAAAAUUAAACCUAUUAGUUCAAUGGAUUCGUGAAAAGUUUAAUGAAUGUUUAACAAAAGCAGAGUAUAUUAGAACUAAGCUUGUUGAAAAUAAUCUAAAUGAUCACACUGAAGGUAUAUUCUUGGAAAAAUUGUUAUAUGAUCGUGCAUUAGAAAUUUCCAAGAAUGCUGCAAAGAUGGAACUUAAUGGUCAAAAUUUGACAUCAUGUGAACUUUCUUAUGCUACAUCUCUUUGGAUGUUAGAGGUAAUAAGAGAUAGCACUAAGGGUGUGGCCGAUGAUGAUGAUGGUGACGAUGAGAUUAAAGAUAUUGCUGAAUCCUCCUUGGGUGAUGAUGAUAAAGAAGUUAUCAAUAAAUAUAUCCAAAGUAUUUCCGGAAGGUUGAAAGCAUUAAGAUUAAAAUUGAAUGUUUUGAAUGGCAUUCCUGUUGACAAGCAUCUGAUCUAG